GAAAGAAAGAAAAAAGAGAAAGGAGAAAAAGGUCGGUCGAUGUCGUCGCCGUUGUCGUCGCCAUCGCGUUGUCUGAGAUGCGAUCAUCGAUCGAAUCGCGCCACGGUGUACAGCGGCCACGCUCGACGAGGAUUUAUCGGCGCGGCAGAUAGCGACGUAUGAGAGGAGAGCGGCUCGAUGAGAAGUGCGGUCUUCGUUCCCGACGAUCGCGGAGGAACGUUUGACCCGCCGGUUUUCCACUGUGAAUCGUCAUGAGACGGCGUAAUAAUGGUUGCUGCUGCCAGAGCAGCAGAAGGAUCGGUCGUGGCGGAUGCAACGACACGGAGGGGAGCGAACCGCCCGUAUGGUGUAUUUACGCGACGGUCGCUUUGGUCGCUGUCGCUUGUUACUUGAACGCGUUAGGUGGUGAUUUCGUGCACGACGAUAUACCCGCGGUGGUGAGGAACAAGGACGUGCUCGCUCAAACCCCUUUGACCACCCUCCUGAAGAACGAUUUUUGGGGCACGCCUAUGCGCGACGUUAACAGCCAUAAGAGCUACAGACCGUUCACGACGUUAACGUUUCGGUGAGUGACGUCGUUUUCUCCUU